CCCAAGAUCAAUUUAUUUCUUCAAUCCUCUCUUUCUCUCUCUAUAUCUACCUCUAUAGUCACACAGUGGUUAGGAGAAGAUCGACAGGUUCAAGGUGAUUGCCAAAGAAAAUAAGGAAGAGUUCUGAAUGGUUCUUGAUGAUUAUAUAGAACACCCAUGUGUUAAAAGCCUGUAACUGAAGUAACUUUUAAGAAGCCUUUUUGAUUUAGAAAAAGAUGGGAAGUUGUGGGAGGACUGGAGCUGUAAGGCAAUACAUAAGAUCAAAGGUUCCAAGACUUAGAUGGACUCCUGAUCUUCAUCAUGCUUUUGUUCAUGCAAUUGACAGAAUUGGAGGUCCUGAAAAAGCUACACCAAAGCUUGUUCUUCAGAUGAUGGAUGUAAGAGGUCUCACCAUUUCCCAUGUCAAAAGUCAUCUCCAGAUGUAUAGAAGCAUGAAGAGUGAUGGAAAUAAACGAGGAGAUGAAGAUCCCAAUUUCAUUGGAUCAAGAAGAAGACAAUCAGUUGAGGAUCAUGAUGAUGGAUGUCUUGAUCAUGAGUUAAAGCCCAACUUUGAAGAUUCACAUCCUCAUUACUCCUUUUACACUCUCCCUUCUAAAAGAGGGAGAAUGGAGACAAGAAAUGGUAAGCAUGAAUGGUGGGGAAAUGAAGCAGAAAGAGAGCAAAAGGAAGCUGGAGGGAAUCUCACAUGGCAGCAUACUCUUCAUUCUUUCCCACAUUUUCUCUUGCAUCCUUCUUUUACCCAUGUAAAUGCUCUUCAUCAGGAAUCUGACUUGAUUUUGGAAGGUGCUGGAAGAUGUGGACCAUUUAAGAGACGGAAAUUAGAGAGCUCAAGAAGCAUUCGAGAUGAACAUGAAGACGAAGAUGGGUUAUUGUUGACGCUUUCGUUGCACCAGCCCUCGACACAAAGGAGCAGUAAUUACGGUUCAUCAACGAGUGACACUAGUGAGGUGUACUCGACGUCUAAUGUAAACCAUGGCUAUUCAAACACGUGUUGUGUUAAUUUAGACUUAUCUAUUGCUUUAUGUGGCAACUGAAGAUAAUUUGAAGAGCUUUUUGAAAAUAAAUAUUUGUAGGUGUAUUGCAAAUUAUUCCAUUUGUUUUA